GCUAGCUUGUGCUGUAAUAUACUUAAUUCCUGUAAUAAGAUCAUACUUCUGUAAGAUGGCUGCUCUUCAGGAGUAUACAAUUUUUGUAAAUAAAAAAAAAAGGUUUAAUGAAAUGAAAACUUUCAGUGAAGUGUUGUAAGGAUUUAACCAUACAGAACAAAAGAGCAUUGUUUUGCAAUUAUCAACAGUAUAAACUGUAUAUUUCUUUGUUGAUUUAAAAAAUUUUAAAAAUAUUUGCUUAGGAUUAAAGGCAGGUGAUCAUAUUAAAGCCUGUUAGAUUAGUGAUUUUAAUAUGAAACCAUUGCUUUUAGAAUAAUCAUGGGCCACACUGGGAAGAAAUCUGAGAAGGGACCAGUUUGUUGGCGGAAGCGUGUAAAAUCAGAGUACAUGCGACUGAGACAGCUCAAGAGGUUCAGACGAGCUGAUGAAGUAAAGAGUAUGUUUAGUUCCAAUCGUCAGAAAAUUUUGGAAAGAACGGAAAUCUUAAACCAAGAAUGGAAACAGCGAAGGAUACAGCCUGUGCACAUCAUGACUUCUGUGAGCUCAUUGCGCGGGACUAGGGAGUGUUCCGUGACCAGUGACUUGGAUUUUCCGACACAAGUCAUCCCAUUAAAGACCCUGAAUGCCGUUGCUUCAGUACCCAUAAUGUAUUCUUGGUCUCCCUUACAGCAGAAUUUUAUGGUGGAAGAUGAAACUGUUUUACAUAACAUUCCUUAUAUGGGGGAUGAAGUUCUAGACCAAGAUGGCACUUUCAUUGAAGAACUAAUUAAAAAUUAUGAUGGAAAAGUACAUGGAGAUAGAGAAUGUGGGUUUAUAAAUGAUGAAAUUUUUGUGGAGUUGGUGAAUGCUCUUGGUCAAUACAAUGAUGAUGAUGAUGAUGAUGAUGGAGAUGAUCCUGAUGAAAGAGAAGAAAAACAGAAAGAUGUAGAGGAUAGCCGAGAUGGUAUUCCACAGACAUGUGUACAAUAUGUUAGAAAUAAAGAAAGCCGUCCACCUCGGAAAUUUCCUUCUGAUAAAAUUUUUGAAGCCAUUUCCUCAAUGUUUCCAGAUAAGGGCACAGCAGAAGAACUAAAGGAAAAAUAUAAAGAACUUACUGAGCAGCAGCUCCCAGGUGCACUUCCUCCUGAAUGUACUCCCAACAUAGAUGGACCAAAUGCUAAAUCUGUUCAGAGAGAGCAAAGCUUGCAUUCAUUUCAUACGCUUUUCUGUCGGCGAUGUUUUAAGUAUGACUGCUUCCUACAUCCUUUUCAUGCAACACCCAACACAUACAAGCGGAAAAACACAGAAACAGCUCUGGACAACAAGCCUUGUGGACCCCAGUGUUACCAGCAUUUGGAGGGAGCAAAGGAGUUCGCUGCUGCUCUCACUGCUGAGCGGAUAAAGACCCCACCAAAACGCCCAGGAGGCCGCAGAAGGGGGCGGCUUCCCAACAACAGCAGCAGGCCCAGCACCCCCACCAUCAAUGUGCUGGAGUCAAAGGACACAGACAGUGACAGGGAAGCAGGGACUGAAACUGGGGGAGAGAACAAUGAUAAAGAAGAGGAGGAGAAAAAAGAUGAAACUUCCAGCUCCUCUGAAGCAAAUUCUCGGUGUCAAACACCAAUAAAGAUGAAGCCAAAUAUCGAACCUCCUGAGAAUGUGGAGUGGAGUGGUGCUGAAGCCUCGAUGUUCAGAGUCCUCAUUGGUACUUACUAUGAUAACUUCUGUGCCAUUGCUAGGUUAAUUGGGACCAAAACAUGUAGACAGGUGUAUGAGUUUAGAGUCAAAGAAUCCAGCAUCAUUGCUCCAGUUCCUGCGGAGGAUGUUGACACUCCCCCAAGAAAGAAGAAAAGGAAACAUCGGUUGUGGGCUGCGCACUGCAGAAAGAUACAACUGAAAAAGGACGGCUCCUCUAACCAUGUUUACAACUAUCAACCCUGUGACCAUCCACGGCAGCCUUGUGACAGUUCAUGCCCUUGUGUGAUAGCACAAAAUUUUUGUGAGAAGUUUUGUCAAUGUAGUUCAGAGUGUCAAAACCGCUUUCCUGGGUGCCGUUGCAAAGCACAGUGCAACACCAAGCAGUGCCCAUGCUAUCUGGCUGUCCGAGAGUGUGAUCCUGACCUCUGUCUUACAUGCGGAGCUGCUGACCACUGGGACAGUAAAAAUGUGUCCUGCAAGAACUGCAGUAUUCAGCGGGGCUCCAAAAAGCAUUUAUUGCUGGCACCAUCUGAUGUGGCAGGCUGGGGGAUUUUUAUCAAAGAUCCUGUACAGAAAAAUGAAUUCAUCUCAGAAUACUGUGGAGAGAUUAUUUCUCAAGAUGAAGCAGACAGAAGAGGGAAGGUGUAUGAUAAGUACAUGUGCAGCUUUCUAUUCAACUUGAACAAUGAUUUUGUGGUGGAUGCAACCCGCAAGGGUAACAAAAUUCGUUUUGCAAAUCAUUCAGUAAAUCCUAACUGCUAUGCAAAAGUUAUGAUGGUUAAUGGCGAUCACAGGAUAGGCAUCUUUGCUAAGAGAGCCAUCCAGACUGGUGAAGAGCUGUUUUUUGACUACAGAUACAGCCAGGCCGAUGCCCUGAAGUAUGUGGGCAUUGAAAGAGAAAUGGAAAUCCCUUGACAUCUGCUACCUCCUCCUCCCUUCUCCUCUGAAACAGCUGCCUUAGCUUCAGGAACCUCGAGUACUGUGGGCAAUUUAGAAAAAGAAAAUGCAGUUUGAAAAUUCUAAAUUUGCAAAGUACUGUAACAGUAAUUUAUAGUAACAAGUAUAAAAAUCAACUUUUUAUUGCCUUUUCACCAGCUGCAAAGUGUUUUGUACCAGUGAAUUUUUGCAAUAAUGCAGUAUGGUACAUUUUUCAACUUUGAAUAAAGAAUACUUGAACUUCU